CUCGCCCCGGCGGCCGUCCAGCGGGAGGCGGAGCGAGUCCAAAAUGGCGGCUCUCAGGCAGGCGCGCUCCUUGCUGCUGGGGCUUUGAGGUGGUCGCCCGGGCUCCAGGGGGACGAUUUCCCCGGCGCGGGGGCCCCAGAGGAUGAAUCGGGGGCCCUGCUAAGGCCAGGCGGCGGGGCCGGAGAGAGGUGGCAGCGCGGGCUGCGGUGGCGUCCACGCAGCGGGAUGUGCGAGAGUUACUCCAGGUCGUUGUUGAGGGUCUCGGUGGCGCAGAUCUGCCAGGCGCUGGGCUGGGACUCGGUGCAGCUCAGCGCCUGCCACCUCCUCACCGACGUGCUGCAGCGCUACCUGCAGCAGCUGGGCCGGGGCUGCCAUCGGUACUCGGAGCUCUAUGGCCGAACAGACCCAAUUUUGGAUGAUGUUGGUGAAGCUUUCCAGCUGAUGGGGGUUAGUCUGCAUGAACUGGAAGACUAUAUUCACAAUAUCGAGCCUGUUACUUUCCCACAUCAAAUCCCUUCGUUUCCUGUUAGCAAGAACAACGUACUUCAGUUUCCCCAGCCUGGAAGUAAAGAUGCCGAGGAAAGAAAAGAAUACAUUCCGGACUACAUGCCACCCAUCGUGUCUUCUCAAGAAGAGGAAGAAGAGGAGCAGGUGCCCACGGACGGGGGCACCUCAGCAGAAGCCAUGCAGGUCCCCCUGGAAGAAGACGAUGAACUGGAGGAGGAGGAAAUCAUUAACGACGAGAAUUUCCUGGGUAAGCGACCGCUGGACAGUCCCGAGGCUGAAGAAAUGCCCGUCAUGAAGCGGCCCCGGCUGAUGAGCACGAAAGGGGACACCCUAGACGUGGUGUUACUGGAGGCGCGAGAACCGCUCAGCUCGAUAAACACGCAGAAGAUCCCACCCAUGCUGUCACCCGUGCACGUGCAGGACAGCGCGGACCUCGCCCCUGCCUCCCCAGAGCCGCCCAUGUUGGCUCCCGUUGCGAAGUCACAGCUGCCAAGCGCAAAGCCGUUAGAAACCAAGUCAUUUGCACCUAAAACAAAGACUAAAACUAGCUCUCCAGGACAGAAGACUAAAUCACCUAAAACUGCCCCGUCACCAGCAAUGGUCGGAAGUCCUAUUCGGUCACCAAAAACUGUAUCCAAAGAGAAGAAAUCACCAGGACGUUCUAAGAGCCCCAAGAGCCCCAAGAGCCCCAAGGUCAUGACUCAUGUUCCUCCAGUACCUGUCAGACCGGAAACACCAAACAGGACUCCUUCCGCUGCAAUAAGCGAAAAAAUCAUUAAGGAGCCUGUCCCUGUGAAACCAACACAGGCGCCCACUGAUGCCGGGAAACUGAGCAAUGAGAAUCAGCCGAGAAAGGCUGCCGUGGCGGAUAAAACGAUCGACGACUCUAUCGAUGCUGUGAUCGCACGGGCCUGUGCCGAGCGAGAGCCAGAUCCCUUCGAGUUCUCUUCUGGGUCGGAGUCCGAAGGAGACAUUUUCACCAGCCCUAAGAGAAUUUCAGGGCCGGAGUGUGCCACUCCAAAAGCCUCCACCUCCGCGAACAACUUCACCAAGUCGGGAUCCACUCCUCUGCCCCUUUCGGGUGGGACCUCCAGUUCUGACAACUCCUGGACGAUGGACGCCUCCAUCGACGAGGUGGUCCGUAAAGCCAAACUGGGGGCACCUUCAAACAUGCCCCCCGGCUUCCCCUACCUCUCUUCUCCUUCUGUGUCUCCCCCCACUCCCGAGCCCCUGCACAAGGUGUAUGAAGAGAAGACCAAGCUGCCUUCAUCCGUGGAGGUCAAGAAGAAAUUGAAAAAGGAACUGAAGACGAAAAUGAAAAAGAAAGAAAAGCAGAGAGACAGGGAGAGGGAGAAAGACAAAAACAAGGAGAAAAGCAAAGAGAAGGACAAAGUGAAAGAGAAAGAAAGGGAAGCCGGCAAGGAAGCGAAGUAUCCCUGGAAGGAGUUUCUCAAAGAUGAGGAUUCAGAUCCCUACAAGUUUAAAAUAAAAGAAUUUGACGAUGUCGACCCGAAAGUGAGAUUGAAAGACGGCAUCGCGAGGAAGGAGAGAGAGAGGCAUAAAGAUAAGAAAAAAGACAGAGAAAAGGGCAAGAGAGAUAAAGAGAAAAGAGAAAAAGAAAAAGUUAAAGAUAAAGGGAGAGAGGACAAGAUGAAAGCGCCACCAGCCCCCCUGGUGUUGUCCCCCAAAGAAAUGGCCCUGCCUCUGUUCAGCCCGGCCGCCGCCGCCAGGGUUCCUGCCAUGCUGCCCUCUUUGGCGCCGAUGCUUCCGGAAAAACUAUUUGAGGAGAAAGAGAAACCUAAGGAGAAAGAGAGGAAAAAAGACAAAAAGGAGAAGAAGAAAAAGAAAGAAAAAGAGAAGGAAAAGGAAAAGAAAGAGAAGGAGCGGGAGAAAGAGAAGAGAGAAAGAGAGAAGAGAGAAAAAGAAAAGGAGAAACACAAGCAUGAAAAAAUAAAAGUGGAACCAGUCAUCCCAGCCCCGAGUCCAGUUAUCCCCAGAUUAACCCUCCGAGUCGGUGCCGGCCAAGACAAGAUCGUCAUCAGCAAAGUGGUCCCCGCCCCCGAGGCUAAGCCUGCGCCCUCCCUGAACCGGCCCAAGACGCCGCCCCCGGCCGCUGCGCCCCUGGGCCCCGGCCCCGCGCACGUGGGCCCCGCGCCAGCGCCCGCGCCCCUGGCCCCCGCCUGCCCGGCGCUGCUGUCCCUGCCCGGCCCCGCGGCGGCCGGCAGCGCCAAGGCCCCGGUGCGGAGCGUGGUGACCGAGACCGUCAGCACUUACGUGAUCCGGGACGAGUGGGGCAAUCAGAUCUGGAUCUGCCCCGGGUGUAACAAGCCGGACGACGGGAGCCCGAUGAUCGGCUGUGACGACUGCGAUGACUGGUACCACUGGCCCUGCGUGGGAAUCAUGGCUGCACCCCCCGAAGAAAUGCAGUGGUUCUGCCCCAAGUGCGCCAACAAAAAGAAAGACAAGAAGCACAAGAAGAGGAAGCACCGAGCACACUGACGUCCGCCCGCACGUGGCCGGACCCCUUCCCUGGCUCCUGAGCAGGAGGGGAGCCGUGUCGUUCCGCCGCCCAGCUGCCCCCAGUGCCCAGGAUGGUGUCUGAGCCCGGAAGACGGAGGGCAGGGACCAGCCACCCUUCCCCUUCCGAAGCGAGUCGGCCUGCGGCUCCGCGGUGGCGAGACGGAAGGAAAGCCAACACCCAGCUGGAGGUGCGGUGGCAGCAAGUGUUACUAAUAAAAAGGCCGUGCAUCUUCCCUUUGGAUUUUUUUUAUUCUCUCCAGGGCCUUUUCAUGAAGGUAUUAGAUGAGAAGAUAAUGUGUAAACUGCCUUGACUGUGAUUUAAGGAUGAUGCCCUUAGUCUGUAUACAGUUUUCAGCCCCCUUCCCUCUUAUAGUAAGAUAAUCAUAAUUAACAUAAAAGAAAACUCCAGUUGGAGGAUUGGUAAAUAUUUUUGUGAUAAGAAUAUAUGAAGCUUCCCUCCCUCCCUCCUCCCCCCACCCCACCCCCCGCCCCCGUUUUUAGUACUAACAUGUAAAAUGUUCAGGCUUUUGUGAAAUACCUUAUAUUUUUUAAGAAAAAGGUUUCUAUCAUGUCCUGUUUGCUUUGUGCAAAUUAUUUUUGUUUACUCUAAUGUAUUUUAUAUCUCUGUUGCAUUCUUAAUUUUGCCCUUUAAAAACUGCUGGAGUCUCUUCUCACUGCUUGUACAUUUCAUCAACUUGUAUAAAAACUCUUCAUACUAAAAGAUUUCCCCUCAUGUAAAUAAUAAAUAUUUAUGAAGUAGUUAUUUUUAAAAUUUUUUUAUCGUGUUUAAUUCUGGCUUUCUCUGAAAUCCACUGCGAUUUCAGCCAUGUCUGUAAUUACGCUGUAUAUAAGCAAAGAAGGCUAGAGAAAAAGAGCCAUAGUUCAAAGUAAUUUACCUUGAGCUAAACCUGUGCAGUGCCCAAAAACAUUGUGGGGGAAAAAGGCCCUAGCAGUUGGAAGAAAAACAAGGCAAUUUAAAUCUGUAGUUUAUGAUUUGAAAUUGUUUUGUUUGUUAUCUUGCUUUUGUAAAUUUCUUUGACGUUUGUUAAAAGGACAUGUAGGUUCCACAAAAGUAAAAAAAAAAAAAAAUAACAAAAAACAUAUACUGUAGCAUUUUGUGUUUAUAUUGUUUUAUUUCUACAAAUCUGUUCGUUGAUAUUGUGCUUUAAGGCUGAAAUGAAGUAUAUUAUGAAUUUUUUUUUAAGAAAACUCAUCAAAUUUCAGGGUAUCACAAAAUUUUAUUAUAUUACUAUACUGCCCACUAUUUAUUAUAUGUUAUAGAUGUCUGAGAGGUAAACCAAAUAUUUUAUUUUUAAUGUAAAAACAUCAAAUUUAACUUUAUUAGCAUAUUUUAGCAACUUUGGAAUAAAUAUGGACUUUUACUUGAUUUUGAAAUAAUCCCAAUUUGGGCCCGUGUGAUGGAUCUCUUGAAUGCUAGAAUAUGGGCUUUGAACCUAAUACAAAUAUAUUAAUAGAAAAUGUGAUUUUUUUAAAUGCCAAGUAAAUUGAUAUUAGUGUAUGAAUUAGUCAUAUUUUAAAACGUAUUAUGUGGUUAGAGAAAUGUGGUUUUCUGCCAUGAAUGUUAAAUUGCAAAUCAGUGGAAAUGGAGUAGACCUUUCGAGUACAGGAUACCAUUGCCCUUCUUGUUCCAGAGGCCAGACUUUUUCUAUCCCUGCAAAAAAGAAAAAGAAAAAAAAAAACAACAAAGCAUCUAUGUUGAGAUAUGUGGUUUUUGUUUUAUUAAUUUGAGAUCGUUCUAAAUACUUUAUACAAUAUUUUCACAUGCACAAACAUACCCGGUAGUGCUUUUUGGAGAGGGACGAGGGGUGGGGGAAGUGCAAAAUAAAGAUUAUUGGCUAUUUCA